UCUCUUUUCAGAGAUAGCAAAGUAUAUAAAUGAAGACUCAAUCUUUAUUAUUUUUGUUAGAAUUAUUAAUUUGCUACGCCCGUGCUUUCUUAUUGCAAAGCCUUCAAAGCUCUUCCCUCUUUCUUUUCUUUUCCAGCCCCCACACCCAGAAGAAAGCCUUCUCCCAGCCCCACAACCAGAACAACACCAACCGCCUCACCCUCCACAACUACUAAAACCACUGUGUCCACAGAGUCGUCCACGGCCAGCACGCCAAAGACAACCCCAACCCCCACAACACCCAAACCCACCACCAGGACCACAUCUCCCUCCACCACAUCGACCUCUCACCCUACCACUCCAACCACCCCCACCACAACCUCCACCAAAUCUACUCCAACAAGCACGCACACCCCAACUACCACAAUAUCACCCAUCACCCCCUUGCCAACCGUCACUCCGAUGCCACCGACGACACCCACACCCGUCUCCUCCACGCCAACGCCGACAGUCACCUAUACCACUCCGCUAAGCACCACCACUCCCACCACCACUACACCAACCACCACGGAAACGACCACGCCUCCAUCCACAACGACCACGUCGACUACAACUCACCCCGUCACCACCACAGAAACAACCCACAGCACCGUCACGACACACACCCCACCAGCCCCCACACCCAGAAGAAAGCCUUCUCCCAGCCCCACAACCAGAACAACACCAACCGCCUCACCCUCCACAACUACUAAAACCACUGUGUCCACAGAGUCGUCCACGGCCAGCACGCCAAAGACAACCCCAACCCCCACAACACCCAAACCCACCACCAGGACCACAUCUCCCUCCACCACAUCGACCUCUCACCCUACCACUCCAACCACCCCCACCACGACCUCCACCAAAUCUACUCCAACAAGCACGCACACCCCAACUACCACAAUAUCACCCAUCACCCCCUUGCCAACCGUCACUCCGAUGCCACCGACGACACCCACACCCGUCUCCUCCACGCCAACGCCGACAGUCACCUAUACCACUCCGCUAAGCACCACCACUCCCACCACCACUACACCAACCACCACGGAAACGACCACGCCUCCAUCCACAACGACCACUUCGACUACAACUCACCCCGUCACCACCACAGGUAAAUUUUCCCAACCCAUUCAGUACCGUCAGAUGGGAAUCCCGUCCUGCUCCCCUCAUGACAUUUUUGGAAACGUUUGGACUCCCUCUAAAGCCGUUUGCACUGCUCCUCCCAAAUGGGGAACACGGGCAGGACCUCAGCCUUCACCCAACUGGUCCGAGACUCCCACAUCUCAGGACUGCAGUGGGCUCACUCCUGGCUCUUCUUAAUGGCCACCCCUACGUUUCUCUAACUUUUCUAUCCGCUUUUCCCUUCCUUUAUAGAAACAACCCACAGCACCGUCACGACACACACCCCACCAGGUAAGGACCUAUCUCAGGAGGGAAGUCCCCUGUAUCCUUAUUUGCCUCUCUUUUGAAUGUUUCCUGACUCUCAAUAUUUGUUGACUUUGUUGUUCACCACUAUAAAUCUCUUUUCAGAGAUAGCAAAGUAUAUAAAUGAAGACUCAAUCUUUAUUAUUU